AUGCCGACUACUUGUGUUGCCUUUGGUUGCAACAACGUUUCUAACCUUGAAAAAGGUAUAGCUCUCCAUAUAAUUCCGUUCUUCGGCGAUGAUCGCGCCGAGGCUCGUAAAAGACGUAAAAAAUGGGUUCAUUUUAUCAAAGCGAAACGAGCGCUUUGGAAGCCGACAAAGCGCUCGGCCAUGUGCUCGGAACUCUUCAAGCCGGUAUAUUUCCAAAGAUAUUUUUCUGGACUUCCAGAGGCAAACUUCAAAGCCGGGCUUAAAAAAGACGAGCUUGGAGUGAGCGUCUUUCCUACGGUACAUGCUUCAUCUAUAGUACCACAAAAGACCGGGAGUGAUAGAAGUGAGAGAAAGCGGAGAAAGACUUUAGAUGAAGUACUACAAGGUGUUGAAGGUGACGAUCGUGAUGUGGGACCAAGUAUUGUUACUGACCCGCAGCCAGCGCAGAGAAAACGUGGGGAAGAAGAAUGUCCGUCAGCGAGAAAUUCAGCUUGUGCUGAAACGAACGAAAUAUAUAAUGUCGAUCAGCAGUCAGACGCACUGGAGCAAAUGGAGCCCGAAUUGCCCGUAGAUCUUGAGGAGAAAGAAAUCGUAGCUAGCUAA